GUUUAAGUUGGAGGAACCGGAACGGGGACUGUUGAUGGGCAGUGAUAGUGGUGGAAUGAAUGCAAAUAAAACAUUUUUCUUUAUUACGAAAACAGAUUUUUCACGGAGAUGUGCUUAUAUUUUACGGGUGGCGGAUGGGAAGGAAAUAUUUAGGGGAAAAAUUUCCCCACUCUAGUUUUUUUAUGACCAGUAGUGCCAUCCUUUUCCGAAGAGGGUUACAAUGCUGUAUAAAAUCAUGCUAAUACAAACAAAUAUGAAUAGCCGUUAAAAUAUGUAAAGGACGUUCUCUCGAUUUUCUUCUAAUUUUGAGCAGUCGACGUUGUUCAUAAAGUUUUUCUUAAGAUGCAAAUAUCGGAGCACCUGGAUUGCAUCUUGAGACAAGUAGGAGUUGGAGUUAGGCCCGUGAAUGACACAUUUUUUGUAAAAACUUACGAAACGUUUGAUGUUUUCACAUCACUGGGGGUGUAUCAUGCUGAUGAAGAGGAAUUGUGCCAUCCAGAGAUGAAGGAAUUCUCGUGCAAUGCUCCAGGCUGUGCAUCAACCUUCAAAACACUAGUGGAAUUCGAGAUGCACUACAAUGGUUGCCACAGUUUCACGUGUAUAGAAUGUAGGAAAAUUCGCCCCACUGAGAGAUUGCUAGAUAUACAUAUUCAAGAGACACACGACAGUUUCUUCCAAGUAUUAGCCGAAAAAAAACCAAUGUACCAAUGUUUCGUGUCGGACUGUCCCGAAAAAUUCUCCUCACCCACCGAGAGAAGAAACCACAGCAUUAAAAUCCACAAAUUCCCCAGGAAUUAUCGAUACGAUGAAUCAUUGAAGCAGAAGUCAGAAAGAAAGGAGAAAGGCCGACCAAAGAAAGUAAAUGAAAAGACAAGAGGAGGAAUAAAAAAUAUAGAAAUGCGAGAUGAAGCACCUGUUGAUACGAUGGACGUUGAUCCACCAAAAAAAACCUCUAAAAUUCUCACAAAACCUAAAUUAAAUAUUAAUAAAAAUCAAAAAUCUAGAAUGUUUGUUCCAAAUUGUCAAAAUGUGGUUUCGAAAGCCUCAGAGAGCACCAAUUUACCUCCUUUAGUUAUUGAAAAUUCAAAUAUGGGAGUGCAACGUUCUUCAGCAGCUCUCGCAUUCAUUCCUCGGCAACUGAUGCACAAAAAAGCACUUUCCUAUUCGAAACUUCUCACGGAAAAUAUGAAAAUGGAAAAAGAAGUUUUGGAAACUGACAACAUGAUGGAUUUAGCUGAGGCGCUACCUCAGUAUCCAAUGGAACAACAAAAUAUAUGAGAAAAUGAUGCUUCCCCUAUUUCUCAACAUGAGAUCUGUAAAAAGAUAAAUUAUUUUUUCAUUACUUAUAGGACAGAAAAAUUAGCCAAUCACGUUUAAGUUUUUGUGUAUAAUUGAAUAAAUUCACACCAUUUUACUUAAAAAAACCCAUUAUCUACAGUAUAAAUAUCUUAAAUAUUGCAACAAUUUCUAUAUGUGUAUGGGACAAUUUUACAAAAACAUUCACUCUUCUUACAUCCUAAUUAUCGCGUUAAAAAAUAUUUACAUGUAAAGUUUUGUCUUAUUAUUGACGAUUCCUGAGAUUCAACUCUGCAUUCGCUCUACAUACUGAGUCUAUAUUUUUAAAAUCAAGUGUAUAACUAAGUAUACUUUGAAUAAAGCUAUUGUUGUAUAGUCUAGUCUGUAUCUCUCUCCCUCUACUUUUCUUUUUCUGAAAAAAUCAUGAAAAUGUGAAUACCACAUUUAGAGACAUCUUCGGCCUCGGCAUGAGAUACCGACCCGGUAGGUGAACGGUUGAAAAGGACCCAAAAAAUACUUGCAAAUUAUUGAUGAAGGAUUUUCAAUCCUACGAAAGUUCCACAAACUGAUUGAAAUUUUGGUCGAGCGAAUAUGGAAAAAAACCCGAAAGCAUUCCAAAAGCAUUUUUUGAAUCCCAGCAAUUUUUUCAAUAUUCUCAAAAUAUAUUAUAAUCUGAAGUAAGCUUCAGGUAAGCUCAUUUUUCGUUUCAUCCAGAUCGAUCAAGGUACAAGGUUUCUUUCAACUCCUACGUUCUCGACUUGAAAAAAUUGACUUUUCAUAAAAAAAAAAAGAA